UGAAAGCUUGACCUCUGGCUACGCUUCAUCAUUUGUAGAGAGGGCUGCCAAUAAGCCUAAACGAUAUUUGCGAGAUAUAAUGAAAGGUGCACCAGUUGAAGCUGUAGCUUUCUCGAGUAAACUGUUGUCACUUAACCCCAGAAAAAGAUUGAGUGCAGAACAGGCUUUAAAAGAUCCUUAUCUAAGAAGGUUCCACAUGUCGACUGAAGAGCCAAGUUUGGAUGAGCCAGUUGCACCUCCUUGUAAUGAUCACAUUCAGCUGUCUGUGGAAGAAUACAGAGAGAAAGUUUACCAGAUGAUUCUCCAGAACAGAAGUGCACAUUCAGAUCGACCUCGUGGUUCUGGGGAAAAACUAAGAUGUCAAUAUCCACAGAUUGAACCAUCACAGACAGGAAGAUGUGUUCCAACACUAUAUAAACAGAAGAGCCAUGAGAAUAUCCGAACAUCAGUUGUACAUGUAAGUUUUCCUGAAUUUUAUAUUGAAGUAUAAACAGAAGAGCCAUGAGAAUAUCCGAACAUCAGUUGUACAUGUAAGUUUUCCUGAAUUUUAUAUUGAAAUAUAAACAGAAGAGCCAUGAGAAUAUCCGAACAUCAGUUGUACAUGUAAGUUUUCCUGAAUUUUAUAUUGAA